AUGUCGCCUCUGAGGUUCGCCUUUAUAGUUUUGGUUCUGUGUGCAAGCUGUUGCUUUGCCCAGCAAGGCCAGCCGAUGAGGUUUGAAACGCCAAAAAUGAACGAGGAAGAAGAGCAUUCGAUGCAUAUUCCUGGCUCGUUUGAAAUGCAAUGUGAUGCUUGCACGGCUGUAGCCUUUCAGGUGAGCAGGAUGCUAUUGCUUUUAUGUAUUGCAAAGUAAAAUAAGUGUUAACAUAUAGAUGUGAACAUUAUUAUAAAGUAUUAACUGCAUUAAGUAGCGAUAUGUCCUGAUGCACACUGAUUGGAAUGUUUGGAAGAUGUGCACUCAACCUUAAUUUAAAAUUUAGCAGUAAACAUAUAAGAAACAUCCAAACUGCCUCCCGAUAUCUUAGUUGCAUGGUUUGUUAUUUUGUAUUUUACUAUGUCUAAUCCAGACAAAUUUACACAGAUGAAUUUACUGGGGGGGGGGGGGGUAUACAAAUCCGCCGAUUUGAAGCAAAAUCCACAAUCCGAGCCAAAAUAUUAGAUAAAUCCGCAAUCUGCUGUAUUAAUAAGAUCCGAAAUCCAUGUAAAACAUUCGCCAGAUCCGAAAUCCGGACAAUUUUUUCUGUGAAAUCCGACGAUCCAAAAACUUAUUCACCCCCCCCCCUUUUACUUGUAAACAGUGAAAAGUGCUAUCAUGAGUAGGGUAUAUUGGUUUAAGUUGUAUCAAUGUUUCAACUUCUUAGCUGACAUCACAUCUUAAGCGUGCUGAAGAUAAACGACCAUCAUUAAAAAAGAAAGGUUUAUCUGAAUCAGAGUACCUCGACAUUAUUGAAGAUGUCUGUAAUAAAGCUUGGGAAAAGUAAGUUGAAUAACAAGUUUGCAACAAUGUUUGUUAAUUAGCUACUAAUGAGUUUGCAACAAUGUUUGUUAAUUAGCUACUAAUGAGUUUGCAACAAUGUUUGUUAACUAGCUACUAAUGAGUUUGCAACAAUGUUUGUUAAUUAGCUACUAAUGAGUUUGCAACAAUGUUCAUUAAUUAGCUACUAAUUAAUCCCCUAACGAGCUAAUUAAUCCCCUAACAAGCUAAUUAAUUAUUUGCUUAUCUGUUUAGUUAUGGCAUAAAAACAGUGAAUGGAAUCAAUCGUCUGAGUGGUGAAGGUUUGGAAGCGAAAGAUGUUGCAGGGAUGAUGCAAGGGGGUGGAAAAUGGCCAAAUAGGUAAUUGUACUUUGGGGAUUUUAAAGCAUGAUGGCUCUUACUGGACCUCUGGAAAUAAAUACAUAUAUAGUUUAGUUAAUAAGAUUUAGAAUUAUUAGAUGAUCCACAAUUUAUCAAUGUGCAUAGCCAGUUUGCAAAGUAGCAAACCCAGUUUAGUGGCUUGUAUUUGCAUGCAAAUAUAUCAUGAUUUCUGUGUCCAUACCCAUUCUUGGUCAUUAAAUCUUUGCUUUGGUUUGCUGUCAUUCUCGGUCACUAAUUAACUGGCAGCGAAACAGCACAUCUUUAAUAUUUUUUAUGGCAAUAGUCCAGUAAAUUUCCUCUAAUGUCAAUUUGUCUUUUGUCAGAUUAAAGGAAAAAUGUUCGACACUUGCUGGAGACGUUGGUGAGGACGAUAUUUACAAAGAAUUCCGCAAGAAGGGAGAGUUGAAGACAUUUCUAUGUAAAGAAGUUACCACAGACUGUGUUAGAGAUGCGCAUGGCGAGCUGUAG